AUGAUAUCUAUCUAUCUAUCUAUCUAUCUAUCUAUCUAUCUAUCCCUUUCUCUAUCUAUCUAUCUAUCUAUCUAUCUAUCUAUCCCUGUUCAUUAUAUGUGCUUACGCAUAUAUCUGUUUUUGUAUAUCAACGUUAAUUUCGUCAAUUUUCUUCGUAAAGCAUCGUUACUUGUUGUCCGAGGCGGCACAAUCGAUCGUUUUCUUUUGCGUGGCAUCCGUUAUGAGAUUUUUAUGACAUCGCCACAAAUUGUUUUUCUCUUUUCGUUUCUUCACCAAAGGCAAUCUAUCUAUCUAUCUAUCUAUCUAUCUAUCUAUCUAUCUAUCUAUCUAUCUCAGCCUGUUCAUAUCUAUCUCUCAUCUUUUUAUGUCAAUCUAUCUAUCUUGUCUAUUGAUAUCUAUCUAUCUAUCUAUCUAUUUAUCUAUUUCUAUCUAUCUAUCUAUUUUCAUUCUAUUCUAUUUACUAUCCCCUUUCCAUUCUUCAUCUAUAUCCUGUCUGUUCUAUCUAUCUAUCUAUCUAUCUAUCUAUCUAUUUCAGUCUUUUUUCAUUCUAUUCAUAUUUACCUAUCCUGUAUCUAUCUAUCUAUCUAUCUAUCUAUCUAUCUAUCUAUCUAUCUAUCUAAUCUAAUCGUGUCUAUGUAUUUAUCCUAUUCAUAUCUAUCUAUCUAUCUAUCUAUCUAUCUAUCUAUCUAUCUAUCUAUUUCCAGUCUGUUUCUAUCUACCUACCUAUCUAGCUUUCCAUUCUAUUCAUAUCUACCUAUCCUGUCUGUUCAUAUCUAUCUAUCUAUCUAUCUAUCUAUCUAUCUAUCUAUCUAUUGA